AUGCGAUUGACGAGAUUAGUGAAGAUGUUGGUUAGGGGUCCGACGGGUGAGAUGAUUUGGAAGGAAAUGCGUGAUCUGCGAUUACCAUCGCGUGGUAAGAAACUGUCUUUCAAACAGAAUUCAUUAAUAGCAUUCGCGGUGUUUCUCAGUGGUUUUGUGUAUCUUCAGUUUCAAGCGGAUUUCAAUCCGGAUUCGUACUGGGGGAGUAUGUUUAUUUUGUUUUUUGUAGCUGAUAAAUUUCCAGUUUGA